UGUAAAAGCCAUUGGCCUCUCCACCUUCCGUUCCAUUUGCCCUCUCUCUCUAUCUCUCUCUUUGACUCUCUCUCUCUACUGUAAAUCCCGCACGGUAAUUCUUAGCAAUUCAUAUGCAUAUAUUUAUACGAAAAAGCUCGAAUUUUGACCGUUAAAACCUCUCUCUCCAAGCUCAUGAUCAACCCAAAUCCACCGAUCGCUCAAGACCAAGGCUGAUCGAACCGUGAUAGGAUUCGGCGAUUUGAUUUCAAGGGGAGAGAGAGAGAGAGAGAGAAAGAGAGAAAGAGCGAUGUCGAAUUAUCAAGGGAACCACAAUUACAACCAGAAGAUCGACUACGUGCUGAAGGUGGUGCUGAUCGGAGACUCGGCGGUGGGGAAGUCGCAGCUCUUGGCCCGGUUCGCGAGGAACGAGUUCAGCUUGGAGUCCAAGGCCACCAUCGGGGUCGAGUUCCAGACCAAGACGCUUGUGAUUGACCACAAGACGGUCAAGGCCCAGAUUUGGGACACUGCUGGUCAGGAAAGAUACAGGGCAGUGACCAGCGCAUACUACAGAGGUGCGGUGGGGGCGAUGCUAGUGUAUGACAUUACCAAGCGGCAAACAUUUGAUCAUGUGGCCAAGUGGUUAGAGGAGUUACGGGGCCAUGCUGACAAAAAUAUUGUCAUCAUGCUUGUGGGCAAUAAAUCUGACUUGGGGUCCCUUCGAGCUGUACCUACAGAGGAUGCAAAAGAGUUUGCCGAAAGGGAGAACCUCUUCUUCAUGGAGACAUCAGCCCUCGAGGCCAUUAAUGUUGAAUCGGCCUUCCUCACGGUCCUCACAGAAAUUUACCGGAUCAUCAGCAAGAAGGCUCUUGUUGCCAAUGAAGAAGCAGCUGCGGCAGGAAGUUCAUCACUCCUCAAGGGAACAAAUAUCCUUGUCCCUGGACGGGAGCCAGAACCUGAACGGAGGAUCAGCUGUUGCAGCUCUUCGUAGGAUUGCAAUUUUUACCGUCAGUUAAUAUCUGACAUGAUCACAAUCUUCUUUAUUUAGGAAUACUAUUGUAAAAAACCUUUUUGUUGUUUUUUUUUUUUUAAUACCAGGUUAUUUUUUCCCUCUUGGGAAUGGAUUUGGCAUGAGUUCAAACUUGAAAUACUUUUGAAUCUGAUUUAGGCUUAGAAUCUAAUUUUGAAUCA